AUGGAUAAAACACUGAAAUUCAUUUCAUUCAUUCUCUGGUUGAUUCGUAGUUUUCUGUCCAUAUGGAUUCAUCUUGGUUUUCGUUUAAUAUUUGGAAAUCAAAAGAAUAAAUUACCAGCGAUUAAAAGCCAACUAUUACUUCAACCAGCAACGGUCAUUGCCAAACGUAUUCGUGAACGACAGAUCACAGCUUAUGAAGUUGUUCAAGCUUACAUCGAUCGGAUACGAGAUGUUCAACCGUAUUUGAAUGUUUAUGUCGAUGAAAGAUUUGAUCAAGCUUUGAAUGAAGCACGUGAAAUCGACCGAAUGUUAGAUAAUGAAAAAACUUUGCCUGAAGUCUGGUCCGAAGAACGAGCACCAUUUCUUGGUGUUCCCUUUGCUAUUAAAGAGUCGAUGCAGUUUCCAGGCUUUCACAAUUCAACUGGAAUCGUUUCAAGAAAGAAUUUCAUCUGUACAGAUACAGCAAAAGCUGUAGAAAAUAUGUUAAAAUCUGGUGCGAUCCUUCUAUGUAAUACAAAUGUUAGUGAAGGUUGUAUGUGGUUUGAAUCACGAAAUUCAUUGUAUGGCACGACCAACAAUCCCUAUGAUCUAUCACGAAUUGUUGGCGGUAGUUCAGGUGGUGCUGGUUGUAUUGUUUCAGCAGCUGGUGUUCCAUUUGCUGUUGGUUCAGAUAUAGGUGGAAGUAUUCGAUUACCUUCAUUUAUGAAUGGAAUUUUCGGACAUAAGACAACACCAGAUAUUGUGCCGAACGAAGGUCAAUUUCCUCCACAUAAAGAUUAUCAUCAAAAGUAUCUGUUAGCAACGGGACCUAUGUGUCGAUAUGCAAGUGACUUACAGCCGAUGCUUAAAGCUCUAGCAGGAAAAGAUAAUAUUGAAAGAUUGAUCAGUUUUGAUACUUCGGUUGAUUUAAGUAAACUACGAUACUUUUAUAUCGAUGAAAUGGAUGCUUAUUUUGUGAAUAAAGUUAAUCAUGAACAAAAACGAGCACAUCGGCGAAUUGUCCAGCAUAUUGAAAAUAAAUACAAGGUUCAUGUCACACGACUACGUCUGACCCGUUUUCGUUAUGCCGUUUCACUUUGGGCAUCGAUGAUGGUCGAUGGUCACUUAUCUUCACGUGAUUUCUCUUUGACACUUUUCAAUGACACAUCAUAUCUCAAAGGUUAUCAUGAAUUAUUACGCAAAUUUUUAUUCCGUUCAACACACACAUUACCUGCACUUGGUCUCGCUAUACUAGAAGCUCUACCAAAUAAAUAUAAUAAACGCUUCCAUCACUUGGCUCAUAAGUUCUACGAUGAAAUUCAAGUUUUAUUAGGUAACGAUGGAGUUUUAUUUCUUCCCACGUUUCCUCAAUCUGCACCAUAUCAUGCUUGGCCAUUACUAAUGAACACAUUUGAUUAUAUUUAUUGUGGAAUCAUCAAUGCAUUAGGUUUACCAUCAACUCAAUGUCCACUUGGAUUAGACACUCAACGAUUACCCUUGGGUAUUCAAUGUAUUGCUGGUCGUGGACAUGAUCAAUUGACAUUAGCUAUCGCACAAGAAAUUGAGCGUGCACAACAAGGUGGAUGGGUAUCACCAUCAUCAUUACCAACUUCUACAUAA